GCCAGGCUUCCAGGGAAAAAAGGUGCCGCUUGAUUGCCGGGCGUCUUAUGUUCUUAUCUGGCUGCCUGCCGGGCGGAAUGGUCCCCUGCAUCGGCAGGGGUCGCGUGGAGGGGAAGGUGAGGUGAGGUGCAGGUGAGUGCCGAGUGGGAAGCAUGGGUGGUCCGAGCUCCCAUUUCCGGUUGCCGGUGUGGAAAAAUCCUCUUGCGAAUUGUUCCGCCGCGGGACGGCCCACGACGCGCAGACGGGACCGGAGCCGGACCUGAUUGUGACCACUGCCCGCACUGGACCUGCCCUCGUCUCCGACAGCCCCCAAGAUACCCAUCGGCGAGCCGACCGCACCUCGACCCCCGAUCCCACUCCUCUCCCGAUCCAGUAGCCCCCGGGGCCCGAUAAUGUACGAGAGGUGUUGAAUGAUGGCAUCUCUUAGACACAGCAUUACCAACGCUCUUCGGAGCUCCCGCCAGGGCUGCUCCAAGUCGGCGCAAUGGCAGUCGCUUGACCAGCAAUUCGGCGCUUUGCGCAUCAGCUCCCUUGCGCCUUCCGGCUCGAGGUCCCUGUCCACCACCGCCAACGAACACAACCCGAACGUAGAUGGCCAAUUCAUCGCCGCCCCUGCGCUCAGCAUAGACAACUUCAAACUCCAUCCCAAUGCCCGUGCCGUCCCCGUGUCGCCCUCGUACUUCACCCGGACGCCCCGGUUCUACGACAACUAUCUCUCCCUAGAAAAGCUCAUGGAGGAGUACGAAGACCUUCCUGUCAUCCCCGCGACCGCCGUCGAGCGCGUGGCCUGGAAGACGCUCGAGGAUAUCAGGAAAGAGCUCGGCGAGCAGGUCAAGGCAUCCGAGUUCGCAAGGUGUCUGGCUCUCGUCAAGCGGCUCAACUCAAUCCACCCCGACCUCAAGCCACAAGAGAUCAAGGACGUGCUCGACAGCUUCAGGCGCAACGUGCAACCCUUCACAAACGUCGCCAAGCCGAUCCCGAUCGACCAGUUUGGCCGCGCCUGCGGAGUCGGCAAGAGAAAGGCCUCGAGUGCUCGGGCGUUCGUGGUGGAGGGUACCGGCGAGGUUCUGGUCAACGGCAAGACCCUGGCCGACUACUUUGGGCGGGUUCACGACCGCGAGAGCGCUGUCUGGGCUUUGCGCGCGACAAAUCGCAUCGACAAGUACAACGUCUGGAUCAAGGUGGAGGGUGGUGGUACCACGGGUCAGGCGGAGGCCAUUACGCUGGCUAUCGCCAAGGCCUUGCUGGCUCAUGAGCCUGCUCUGAAGCCGGCAUUAAGAAGGGCCGGAUGUGUCACACGCGACCCGAGGAAGGUCGAAAGAAAGAAGCACGGCCAUGUCAAGGCCAGAAAGAUGCCUACCUGGGUCAAGAGAUAGUCGCCCUACUGCUACGUUUUGUGGUAUCAUUGGGUGGGUGUUAUUGUUGGAGGCAUUAUGGACAUGCUGCCUCACUUUCGGUUUUUGCAUGAACGACCGGUCAAAUGGAGCGAUGCUUUUUCCCCGCCAGCGCAGCGUCAAAGCUCCCUUUCCUUCUGGGAAGCAUUUUCUCUCAUGUGCGUACUCUAUAUGUGGAUAUGCGUGUGAGUGUCCGUCUCGCUUGUGGUCUCGCUUGGGCCUACCAAGUUCAGCACAGGUCGGUUCCAGGCAAGAACGUGUGUACUUGUACUUGGAGGUGGUGAACAAACCGUGUCUGGGGGGCCGACACGACUUUGUUGUGUGUAUGUGUAUAAUACAGUUUAUGUGUGUGCCGGGGGGGGGGGGGGGGG